GUUAGUGUACUAUUUUGUUCGGUAUAAUGUGAUCGAUCUGGUGUUGGUCUCGUUGACGUGACUAGGGUCUUACGGAUGAAAGUAUUUAAAUGGUAGUUGAAUUGAUGCAGCGACUAGUUAUUCAAAACAUUGCGUUGUUGGAUGCACAUGCACAGAGAGGACUUUUCCCGCUACCAAUUCUUGAUAGAGAUAAUUAUGUUAAGUCGACGCAGCAUGUGCAGUGUUUCGGUUUUGGCGUUGAUCUUUGUCGCCGGUCCAGCCAUCAUCGAGUUGCCAGGAGCUGAAGCAGGGAUGUGCGGAUGCCCACCUCUAUGGACGGGCUUUAAUGAUCAUUGCUACCGAUUUUUCACCUCGGCAAACAUCUCCUGGUUUGAUGCUGAACUAACCUGCCGAACCUUUAGUACACCAUGCGGUGAGGAAAGCUCAUCAAGCAGGCUGGGCCAUCUUGUCUCCAUCCAUUCUCAAGACGAAAUGGACUUCAUUGUAGCGAUGUACGAGUCGCUCCGAUCCAAAAGGCCGACGAUAGACAUACGGACCUGGAUAGGUCUGCAUGAGCGUAGGGCCGAGGCAUCUUUACAGUGGGCCGACGGCACCGACUUCAAUUACACAUCCUGGGCACCUAGUCAGCCUAACGACCAAAGUGGUUCCAGUGACUGUGUGUUCUUUUCCAAAUAUUACUGGUACAAGUGGAAUGACAACACAUGCAGUGUCAAUAACCGUGUCGAGUCCUUCAUCUGUAAGAUUCGGCAGUGGUGAACUUCGGGACGAGUUUGGUCUCGCGUCGUGGCACUCAUAAUUUCAGAAGGUGUGUAGUUACGACCAUUAAAAGAGGGUUCUAUCAAAAUCUCGGAGUAAUCAUUGUUCAAGAAUAUAAUUAAUGAACCUUAUUUCAUGUUUGUAAUUACGAACCUUCGGAAUAAAGAGCAGUCGGAAAUACGAGCCUUAACUCUUAGCAGCGAACUUUCGGAGUGACAAACCUUCGGAAUGACGAACCUUCGUAAUGACGAACCUUCGUAAUGACGAACCUUCGUAAUGACAAACCUUCGGAAUGACGAACCUUCGGAAUAACAGAAAUUCUGGCCAAUGUACAGAAGGAAAUAUGAAAUCGGGGG